AUUUAUUUAAGUUGAUCUAUUUAUACUUUACAUUUCUUUAUAACCUAGAUGAAUCUUUUGGUUGCAGAAAAACGUCUAACCAAAAUCGGAAGUGAUAUGAGGAGAAAAGUGAAUUGAGUUGAGCAAAGAGGAGACAUUAGGGCACAUAGACGUUGCCGAAUAAAGCAGGGGUCUCUGAGCAAGAAAAUGGUAAGAAAUUAAACACGACAGAUAGCAAUAAUAAAGGCAAGGAUCAUUGCAGUAUCACCGGCCCCCCAACAAAAUUAUUCAUUUGCACCACGCCUCCCUUCUCUCUCUUUAUCAUAGAUAUAUACACACACACCUUGAAAAGAAGAGAAAAGAGAAGAAUGGGGAGAGGGAGAGUUGAAUUGAAGAGAAUUGAGAACAAGAUAAACAGACAGGUGACAUUUUCAAAGAGAAGAAAUGGGCUUCUCAAGAAAGCUUAUGAGCUUUCUGUGCUUUGUGAAGCUGAGGUUGCCCUCAUUAUCUUCUCCAGCAGAGGCAAGCUCUAUGAGUUUGCAACUACUAGCACGACCGAGACCCUUGAACGUUACCAUCGUUGCUCUUUAAAUCAUCAAGAAAAUAGUGGGGAAGGAGAAACACAGAGUUGGUACCAGGAGUUCUCAAAAUUGAAGGCCAAGUAUGAAUCUCUUCAAAGAACUCAAAGGCAUCUGCUCGGUGAAAAUUUGGGAACAUUGAGCCACAAGGAGUUGCAAAAUCUUGAAAAACAACUUGAAGGAGCUCUUGUCCAAGCCAGGCAAAGGAAGAAACAUAUUUUGAUGGAAGAAAUGGAAGAGUUAGGCAGAAAGGAAAGGCAGAUAGGAGACAUGAACAAGCAGCUCAAGAUUAGAGUGUCACUUGAAAUGUCCUCGGUAGAGGCAGAAGACCAACAACGUACGGGAGCCCUUUCGUUGCCAUGGAACGAAGGUGGCGAUGCCGCUACAUCAGCUGGAACCAGUGGCUUUCCCCUCCUUGCAACACCUCCGGAAGUUGAACCAGAACCUAUUUUACAGAUAGGGUAUAAUCACUACAAUGUUGGAGAAGGAUCAUCUGCUGCUGUGGACACUAAUUUCAUGCAAGGAUGGACUCUUUGACUUUCUUCCUCACUACUCCUAUCUCCAUUUCCAUAUAAUGUUUAUUAGUUGUUACAUUAUUUUUAUGUGCUUGUGCUUUUGUCAUGAAAUUAAUAUUAUCUAUAUAUAUAUAUAGAGAGAGAAGAAAGAUAGAUGUUUAUGAAUCUAAGUGAGACUGGGAGAUAUAAUGUGAUUAUGUUUGGGUUUGUACUUGUUUCAAUAACCUUUUCGUUAUGUGAGUAAUUAUUGCUAAUUGAUUAUCUUUUUUAUGCUAA